AUGCCAGACUUAUCACUUUUAAAAUCUCCCGCUCCAUACCACUUGAUAAGCUAUGGUACACUUCUGGGAUCGCAAGUGUUUCAGUCUUUCAUAGGUGGCAUUGUAGCAUAUCGUGCUCUACCCCGGCCCCAAUUCUCCUCGCUACAGCAGGCCAUCUUUCCGGUCUACUUCUCCAUGCAAGCCGCUCUCCCUGUUAUCCUCGCAUUGACAUACCCCGGCGAACGAACCGCCAUCGGUUCCCGGCCGUCAAGCUUAUCCGGCGUUCUUGAACAGCAAAAUCGGCUGCAUGUAUUGACGCCGUUGUUGACGAUGCUCGUAACGAGUCUGGCCAACCUUAUGGCUGUUGGGCCGGCGACUACUCGGAUCAUGAAGGAGAGGAAGCACCAAGAAACACGCGAUGGUAAGAGAAGCUACGAUGCUGGCCCACACAGCAAGGAGAUGCAAAUAUUGAAUCAACGAUUUGGGAGAAUGCAUGGAGUCUCAAGUCUUCUAAAUAUGGCGGGAGGCCUAGCAACGGUCUGGUAUGGAAUGGUGCUGGCUGAGAGGCUGCAGUAA